AUGUCAUGUCACCAUGGUAUUCGAUGCACACAACAGGAAUGCUUAUAUUCUCCAAGUCAUUGGUCUACAACCUCAAAAUCACCGGAAUUGGUUAUCGAAACAUUCAUCAUCAAUUUGCAGUCGUGCUAUCGAGAUAAUCAACAAACUGUUCCAUUACAAACAAUUCCAUACGGAGAUGGUAAACAAAUAAUUGAUAUUUGGGGUAAUGAAUUCGAGAGUACUAAAGCAUUGGCAUUGUUUCAUGGUGGUUAUUGGCAGGAAGGAGAUCGGAAACUGUUUACGAGUCCGGUAAAAGCGCUUGUUGACAACGAUAUUGUGGUAGCUUGUAUUGGAUAUGAUUUUGCUACUACCAUUUGUUUAAAUGAUGUGAUAGAACAGGGAGCAAAAGCUCUUCACUUUUUAGCAAAACGUUGGCCUUGGAAGAGAUUAUCGGUUGGAGGACAUAGCGCUGGGGCGCAUUUAGCCAUCUCUGCAUUAAAGCGCACAAUGGAUGCGCAUCGAUAUGAAAAAAUUGUGCUCUUUUCUGGUAUCUAUGAUCUUAAACCUUUAUUGGAAACAUAUAUUGGAAAAGCAAUCAAUUUAAGCUUAGCUGAAGCUGAAACUCUCAGUAUUACUAGCUUGGAUGAAAUGUCGGUAGAAUUAUUGGCUAUUGUUGGUGCUGAUGAAUCACCAAAGUUCAAAGAGCAAAGCCGACAUAUUGUCGAGAAUUACGUGAGCAAACGUUAUCCGAUGACAAUAUCAGAUUGUUACAAGAUUAUUCCAGGCGAAGAUCAUUUCACUUUGAUCACUAGCUUAAGUGAUAAAAACUCAAUAGCAACAAAAGAAUUGCUCCGUUUUAUUCUUCAAAAAUAA